AUGUGCAAAGCAACCACCUACCAGUAUCGCUGCGGCGCAGCCUUCCACACAAUCUCCUCAUGCGAAAAGCAAUGCUACGCCGGCCACUCCCACUCACCCGAUGCCAGUUCGCCUGACACAAACGGAGCCAGUGUCAAACACCACGACAGCAGCACCACGUCGCUCCUGACAUCAUCGACCGGCACCAAAGCGGCGUCAACCAAGUCGUCCUUCUUGUCCAACGGAGCGGAAGACGCGACCGGCUUCCACUCUCAUGCCGACAGCCAGCAGCAUGCCGACCUCGACGCCGCCAACGACAGCAGCAGUAUCUUCACCCCGCUUCCUACGCCCGUCGACCCUUAUCCCCAACCGAUCCACAUCCACCAUCUACCCUCCUCGCUCGCACCCUCUCACACCAUCACGCCCGAGCGCGCCUCGUCCGUCCUGCGCUCGGCCCAGCAGAAGCAGCAGCAGGAGCAGCAUCGCCACCACCUUCCACACUCAGACGCCGUUGGCCAUGGCCUGAAGAGUAUUCUGCCUUCACGCUGGCUGCGCAGCAACAACGGUGCUACCGCUGCGCCGGAGGAGAAGAACGAGAAGGUUCAAGUGAUAAUGUGGCAAGACGCGCCCGAGGUGCGACGGGCGGGCGUGGCGAGGGGCGCGGUGGCGGUCGAGGGCGCGUGUCCGGCGUGCGCGGAAAGGGAGGCGAGAGAGGCGGCGUGGGCGGCGAUGGCGACUUUCAGGGGCGAGGAUUGA